CGAGGGAGGAGGAGCUGGUGAGGACAAUAGCCAACGGUUAUGCGACAACGAUCAUGACACGCACGCUCACGAGCACGACCAUGCAGGGGGAAGGAUGGAUUAUGGAGGUAACGAUGGAGGAGGGAAACAUAGGGGGAGGAAGAGUGGGUGAGGACAAGAGAAAACGGGUGUCCGACGAUAAUCUUUAACAUGCACAGCCAUGAGCUCCACCACAUACGGGGGAGGAUGGAUGACGGAGGUAAGGAUGGAGGAAGAGGGAAGAGGGACAGAGGAGAGGGGAUCCUGGUGAGCAUGGAGGAAGAGGGAAGGUGGAGGGAGGAGAGGGGAUCCUGAGGAGGAGCGGGAGGAGCAGGAGAAGGAGCGGGAGAAGGAGUGGGAGAAGGAGUGGGAGAGGGAGGAGGAGCGGGAGGAGGAGCGGGAGGAGGAGCGGGAGGAGGAGCGGAGAAGGAGCGGGAGGGGAAACGGGAAGGGGCAGAUGAGGCGCGGGUGCCGUUUUCUUUUUCUUUAUUCGUAGGAGAUGGCUAUGGCAGGAUCUUUGUCACGUUGUUUGGCGGAGGAGGAGCGGUAGGAGGAGCGGAAGGAGCAGGAGAAGGAGCGGGAGGAGCGGGAGAAGGAGAAGGAGAAGGAGCGGGAGAAGGGGGAGAAGUGGGAGGAGGAGCAAAGGAAGAGCGGGAGGCAUAACUGGAGAAGGAAAGGGAGGGGAAACGGGAGGGGGUGGAGGCGGCGUGGGAGGAGGAGCGGGAAAAGGAGUGGGAGGAGGAGCGGGAGGAGGAGCAGAAGGGGAAACGGGGAGGGGAGUGGUAGGAGGAGUGAGAGGAGGAGCGGGAGGAUGAGCCGGAGGAGAAACGGGGAGGGGGUUAACGAUCGCGUGGGAGGCGGGUAAGGAGAUCU